GACUUUAAAGGGGUGUUGGUUGGCUGAGAGGUAACAGAUAGGGUUUAAUAUAGUCGCCAGGAUCACGUCGUGCACCUCGGAGCCCCUCUCGCCUCUUCAUCCGCUGUCGUCCACGUCCCCUGUCGACACCUUCUUCCUCCGACAAGCUGUGCGUGUGAGCCGCUGCGCCCUGCACCCGGAGCGAUGGGAGCAAAUCUGAGAUCUGAAUCUGAGCGUGUUCAUCAUGUUUUUUCCCGUGACAGAGGCCGAGACGCGCCAGAAACUGCUACGCAAUGUGAAGAAAGAGGUGAAACAAAUUAUGGAGGAGGCGGUAACGAGGAAGUUUGUCCACGCAGACAGCAGCCACAUUAUAUCCUUCUGUGCUGUGGUGGAGGCCUGCGUGCUUCAUGGGCUGAAGCGUCGUAUCGCCGGCCUGCUGUGCAGUAACAAGGUCGCGGCGCUGUUCAUGAAAGCGGCAAAAAGCUUCUCGCCUGCUGAGGAACUCUGCCACAAGGUCCAAGAGCUGGAGCAGCUCAUCGAAAACAGCAAGCAGAACAGUUCGUCACAGGUUAGCGACCGCAGUCGGCAAUCCAAGUUGGCCAACCUCCCCCCUCAGGCACUGAGACACCUGUGGAUCCGGACUGCACUGAUGGAGAAGCUCCUGGACAAGAUUGUCAUGUACCUGGUGGAGAACAGCAGUGCCUUCUAUGAGAAAGAAGCCAUGCUGAUGGAUCCUGUGGAUGGACCGAUCCUCGCAUCUCUUUUGGUUGGCCCUUGUGCUUUGGAGUACACUAAAGUCAAGACUGCAGACCAUUUCUGGACGGACCCAUCUGCUGACGAGCUCGUACAGCGGCACCGCAUCCACAGCGGCCACUGUCGGCAGGACUCGCCGUCCAGACGGCCUGCCUUGAUCCAGAAGAGACAGUCCAGCGGCAGCAUGGAUGACCGCCCUCUCAUGUGGGUGAAGGACUACGUCGAAUCACUCCACCAAAACUCCAGAGCCACGCUUCUGUUCGGGAAGAACAAUGUCCUGGUGCAGCCGAGAGAUGACAUGGAGGCCAUCCCGGGCUACCUUUCUCUACAUCAGACUGCAGACCUCAUGACACUGAAAUGGACGCCUAAUCAGCUGAUGAAUGGCAACGUGGGGGAGCUGGAUUCUGAGAAGAGCGUGUAUUGGGAUUACGCUAUGACGAUUCGUUUGGAGGAGAUCGUGUAUCUCCACUGUCAUCAGCAAGUGAACAGUGGUGGGACAGUCGUUUUGGUGAGCCAGGACGGGAUCCAGAGACCUCCUCUGCAUUUCCCCAAAGGAGGCCACCUCCUCCAGUUUCUCACCUGCCUGGAGACCGGCCUGCUCCCUCAUGGGCAGCUGGACCCGCCACUGUGGAAUCAGAGGGGAAAGGGGAAAGUUUUCCCCAAGCUGCGAAAGAGGAGUCCGCACGGCUCCUGCGAUUCUGUAUCAGAUAAGGAGGAUGAUGAAGCGACCGAUUAUGUGUUUCGAAUCCUCUUUCCUGGCAAUCAGAUGGAGUUCAUGGCCCUGGAGCUGAUGGACCAGGGCGUGAACAUGUGGCAGCCGACGCCCAGAAAGUCCUCGUGCUCCUCCUGCUCACAGAACGGCUCCUCUGACGGCUCUCUGCCUAACGGUUGUAAUCAGGAGAGGGCUCCCUUAAAGCUCCUGUGCGACACCAUGAAGUACCAGAUAAUCUCCCGAGCUUUCUAUGGAUGGCUUGCAUACUGCCGUCAUCUGUCCACAGUCCGUACCCACCUUUCUGCUCUGGUCAACACGACUAUAGUUGACCCCGAGGUGCCCUGUGGUGCCCGGGGGGGCCUCUCGCUUGAGGUCUGGAGCAGGUUCCUCCAGGACCGCUCUGCCUAUGAGGAAAAGGAGAUCCACAGGCUCGUGUAUUUUGGUGGCGUGGCUCCUUCACUACGCAAAGAGGUUUGGCCCUUCCUGUUGGGACACUACCAGUUCACUAUGACUGAGAAAUGCCGGAUAGAGAUUGACGAGCAGAUGAGGAUCGUGUAUGAACAGACUAUGAAGGAGUGGCAGGGUUGUGAGGCCAUCGUCCGUCAGAGAGAGAGGGAGAAACAUGCAGAGGCCAUCGCCAGAUGUUCGUCUGGAGCCAGCGUGGAGAGAGGGCCGGUGCAGCGGGACUCCACCAUCAGCACAGAUUCGUCUCUCAGUAGCAACUCGGAUCAACAGAAUGCCCAAUUGCAAAGCGAUUCCAGCAGCAGCAGCGCGCAGGUGUUUGGAUCCGUUGAGGCAGUGGAUCAGAUUGAGACUGAGCCGACGGCCGUUGAGGGAGAAACACAGCACAGCCGUCCAUUGAAGGACAUCACAUGUGGCACUGCAGAGGCCCCACAGCCACCCUCUGGCAACCCCUCAUCCCCGAGUCUGUCAAAUCAAUGUCCAGAGUCAAAAAACAGCCCUCUUGGAACUGAGUCAGCUGUUGGAUCCACAGCCUCCCAGCAGACAGCAGAAGCAUCAGAAGUCUUAAAGGAGAAGAUUACAACAGAAGCACAGCCAGGAGGGGAGGAUGUGAAGGACGCGGCAGCCAAGGAGGAGGUUUUAGAGACGAAGAUGGAGACGGUUUCAGGCGGUGAGGUGGUUAAGGACUGUGGAAUUGCUAACUCAAAAGAGAUGCCUGAGUCUGAAGUAAAACCUGGAGUAGAGGAAAAAGAAAUAACACCAAAUGAGCCAUCUGAGGAUGUAAAAGAAGUAGACACCAGUAUGAAUUUAAGAUCUGUUCCAGAGAAAACUAAUGUUCUAAAGCUAGAAACAGAGAUUCACAACGAGUAUUUCCAAGCACCUCCACUGGGGCAGACCUUGACUUUUCAAGUGCAAAAGAGCAAAUCUGAUCUGAGAGUGGAGUCAUUGUGUUCACCCACGGCAGAGAAAGAUACUAAUCCAGCAGGUGAAACGAAGCCAGCGGUUUCUGAAAAACCUGAAACGGCGUCUGAAGAAAUCCCAUCACAAGUGUCAAAGGCCGCCACCACGGGGGCAGAAAGAAAGGAUGCGGGAGCGUCAGCUUGUGAAUUGGCUGAAGUGAAAAAAGCUGCAGAAAUUUCGUCUGAGAAACCGGGCUCAAAUUCGCCCGUCAGACAAGUACUGAACGCACUUCAGACGGCUUCAAGGGGCAGCCUUUCAUUAUCGUCCCACUCCCGGCAGUCUCCAGACACGGCCGAUUCAGACGACUCUCCCUCUGCCCUGGAAAUGGAGGACAUUCCUGCAGGGAUAACAUGUGUGACCUCUGAGGAUAUCAAAGCCAGGCCUUUGGCAGGGCUCGCCGCUCCCCCCAUCUCCUUUGCCCGAAGAGAGAGAAUGGCAUCAGAGGGCCUCGUCCUAGAUCACCAUCUGGACACGGCCUGUAACACCAGUCCUGAGGGCACCGACCUGGGCCUUUCUGAAGAGGAGCCUGAGAUGGAAAACGUGCUCGCCGAACCAGACGCUGCGGAGGUGAGAGCAGGCGCCAAACACGACGAAUCCUCAGAGGAACAAACCUAUUCUCAAGAAACACUGGACAUGUACUUGAUCAAUUUGCACCGCAUCGACAAAGACGUCAGACGUUGUGACAGAGCGUACUGGUACUUCACAUCCGAGAACCUGGACAAGCUGCGCAACAUCAUGUGCAGUUACGUGUGGCAGCAUCUGGAUACGGGUUACGUCCAGGGCAUGUGUGAUCUGCUGGCUCCCCUACUGGUUAUUCUGGACGACGAGGUCAUGGCAUUUAGCUGCUUCACUGAGCUGAUGAAGAGGAUGAACCAGAACUUUCCUCAUGGAGGUGCCAUGGACUCUCACUUUGCCAAUAUGCGUUCUCUUAUCCAGAUCCUGGACUCUGAGCUGUUUGAACUGAUGCAGCAGAACGGAGACUACACUCACUUCUAUUUCUGUUAUCGCUGGUUCUUGCUUGACUUCAAAAGAGAGAUGGUGUAUGACGACGUGUUCUCAUUGUGGGAAACGAUCUGGGCAGCCAAGUACACCUCCUCGGAGCACUUUGUGCUCUUCAUCGCUCUGGCACUUGUGGAGAUGUACAGAGACAUCAUCCUGGAAAAUAACAUGGACUUCACGGACAUCAUCAAGUUCUUUAACGAAAUGGCCGAGCGACACAACGUCCCGCAGGUCCUGAUGAUGGCUCGAGACUUGGUCCAGAAAGUGCAGACACUCAUUGAAAACAAGUGAUGACAGGAUGCCGCUAUCCUGCUGCUGCUGCUGCUGCUGCUGCUGCUCCUCCCAUGUUUUCUUUGUGCUAAAUUAUUUCAAAGUACUACUGACGCUCCCACGUAAUAGUCAUGUAUUCAAGAGGAAAAAGGAAUCAAUGUUAGUGAAAUGCCGUGAUUGGUAAGUGCUGAAAAGACGACCGGUCAUAUAGUUGUGUGACGUCUUUUCCAGAUGCUCCUGCCUAUAUUCAGGAGAUGCAACUAUUGCCAGUAAAUUGAUUUUGAACGUGUUAUUGUUCACCUGGUGAAUGUACCCUCGUCGCUUCGGGAUGUUAUUUAUUUUGCCUUAAAUUUUGCUGUUUUUUCAGGGAUACAGCAACCAACAUUCUUUACUGUAUUGUUACAUUUUCUGCCGGGUUAUUUUGGUGAAGUUAUACCUGCCAUACAGCUUGUGACACACUUGAACAUAUUUUAAGUAUUUUUUAAAAAAAUAUUAUUUCGGUGAAACUGUAGCUACUAUGAUUAAAACAUCUCGUGAUGCACUUGAAUAUAUUUUCAGUAAUAAUAUCUGCCAUUAUUAGACGAUUUGGACUUAGAGGUACAUUAGAGGAGGCUGUGUCCAUGUAGCAUGUGUGGUUUGCUUCCCGAUAGCCAUUUUGAGGACCGCUUGCCGGCUUCUCGGUGAAGCUCGGUGGUCCUCUCCCUGUGUUUGCCUCCGAUGCACACAAGCCCUGCAGGAUAUCCAGACCGAACCUGUGAGCUCUGUGCAUGAUUGCACAUAGUUUGCAUACGCAGUAUCGUCUUUUCCUCUGGCACCCCACCAAGUUCUCAUACUGUGCGCUCCUCCUAUCUCUGACCUCCUCUAUGCAUUCGACCAUGGUGUGAACGUCAUCCUUCGACCCCUCCACUUGCUUUUAUUUCUGUGCUGACCAACACCCUAACACAAUGCUGCUCUGGCUGAAGAACUCAGCUAAUGGUUCUCAAGACAUUGAGACGGUACAGUGCUAACAGUGGCUCAUUUGAUCUCAAAGGGGUGCAGUGAACGCAACAUGCUUCCUUUGCAGUCUGCACGUCCCUCUCUCACUUUCACCUUAGAAACAGUUUCAUGGUUUUCUGCCUCUGUCUUGUCCUGCCGAUACUGCUUAGCUUGUCAAACAAGUCUUACAAAACACUACUGAUACAUAAUGGAAAGGGGGCAUCUUGUGCUCUCUGCCUGCCGGAUUUUUGGGCUCAUUUUUUGGGGGAGACUGUAAUCGUCCCCAGAUUACUACUGCACACCUCUUAGCUCAAGAGUUUCUGUUCAUUGUACUUUAUCACCGUGCUGCUCAGACUGUCGUGACUUCAGCUACUUGUAUAGUUCUUCUUUUUGUAGCCGUCAUUUCACAGUCUUUUGAGUACCAGGAGGUCAACUUGCUACAUUUAAAGGCUCGGUUUAGUGGUAGCUAACAGUGGUAUGCAGCCAUGCAGAUAUUUCCAGUUUUAUGUGUGUACGGUCAGUGGAAGUGAAUGGAAUUCCAUCUUUCCAGCCGAAAAAUUAACAUUUAGCUGCAACUUGUGUGUCCAGAAACAAUGUCCUGGAGAUGUAUUUGGUUAAAAAAAAAAUCCAAUGUUAUGUUGUGAAUAUCCUAAAAUCGUCACAAAUAAAUACUCCUCUAUCUACAUGGCUCAAUACCAGCAUAAGUAUGUCCAAAAAUAUGACUUAUUGGUGCCACUUGUGUUCGCAAAACAGCUUAAACACACCUGCAUUUGGUUCACUGUGGCUUAAAUUCCAGUGUUUUUAUAUCACUGCUAAUGUGUCUCCAUACGAUCCUCUAAAACAUGCCCAAGUAUUGCUGUUUGUGUAUUGCUGUGUUUGUUGUCAGAAGAUUUACUGUAUACAAUGUGUUAAAAAGACUUAUUGUCUAAGAUAGUACAUAUUUAUUAAAUGCAAUACAAUGUCUGUAUAUGGGCUUUAUCGGACUAUAAUGAACAGAAAGAUAAAAAUAUGCCAUUGGAAAUAAAUAUAUUUUUAUUUUUUUUCUCUGUCCUCUCAGAUUGUCACCUGGUAUAAUUAAUUUAUUGCGUAUUAAAAAAUAUUAU